CAACCAUCAAAAAGAACAUUAAAGGCCACACGUUUUUCCCUUCACCUCUUUACUCAUUUCUUUCCCAUGGAUCUCUUACUCAAUUUUAAUUCCAUUUCCACACUUUUCUUUCUUCUCUCCCUUCUACAAUUCUCUCUUUUAUCUUCGUCGUCAACGUUACAUCCCUUGGCAGCCCAUUCCGCAAACUUGCAUCGUAAUUACACUGCAAUAUCGGAUUUUCGAUUGCUGAACAGAAGAAAGCUGAUCAAUUGUCCACCUAAAAACUUUUUUGUUAAAAUCGAUGUCAUCUCCAAAUCCACGAGCCUUUUAAACGAAGAGUUCGUCAACGUUACUGUUAGUGGAAUUCCGAAUCCAUCAAAAGACCAUUGGAUUGCUAUGGUCACACCUUCAAAUGCCAACGUUGAUGGUUGUUCACUGAAUGGAUUUUUGUAUGGUCAAACGGGUGAUUUCAGCGAACUUCCUCUACUUUGCCAUUAUCCUGUCAAGGCAGCAUAUUUACGUAGUGAUCCAGAUUAUUUGCCAUGCAAUAACAAAGGGUGUGUAAUACCUCCUGUAGAUGGAAAAUGUGAACAAGUAACAUGUAGUGCCACGUUGUCAUUCCACAUCAUCAACUUCCGAACUGACGUGGAAUUUUUCCUUUUUGAUGGUGGCUUUGUCACCCCUUGUCUUCUCUACAAGUCCAAAACUCUCUCCUUCCAAAAUCCAAAUGCCCCAUUGUACGGACUUAUAUCUUCUAUUGAUUCCACUGCUACAUCUAUGAGAUUGAGUUGGGUUAGUGGAGAUGAAGAGCCUCAACAAGUUCAAUAUGGUGAAGAUGGAAGAAUACAAACUUCUCAAGUUUCUACUUUCUCACAAAAUGACAUGUGCAAUUCACUUCUUCCGAGUCCAGCAAAGGAUUUUGGAUGGCAUGAUCCUGGCUUCAUUCAUUCAGCAAUAAUGACUCAACUUAAGCCUUCUACCACCUAUUCCUACAAAUAUGGAAGUGAGAAAGUUGGUUGGAGUGAGGAAACAACAUUUAGAACACCGCCGGCGGCCGGAGAUGAAAAUGAUUUUAGUUUUAUUGCAUUUGGUGAUAUGGGAAAGGCUCCUCUUGAUUCUUCUUCAGUUGAGCAUUACAUUCAGCCAGGGUCGAUCACAGUGGUGGAAGCAAUGAAAGAGGAAGUAGAAAGAGGAGAAAUAGAUGGAGUGUUUCAUAUUGGAGAUAUAAGUUAUGCAACUGGUUUCUUAGUCGAAUGGGAUUUCUUUCUUCAUCUUAUUAAUCCCAUUGCUUCUCGCCUUCCUUACAUGACUGCCAUUGGUAACCAUGAGAGAGACUAUGUUGAAUCGGGGUCGGUAUACAUAUUGCCAGAUUCAGGAGGAGAAUGUGGAGUUCCUUAUGAAACAUAUCAUCAAAUGCCAACUUCUGGUAAAGAUCAACCUUGGUAUUCCAUUGAAAUGGCUUCUAUUCACUUCACUAUCAUCUCAACUGAGCAUGACUUUACUAUCAAUUCACCACAAUAUGAAUGGAUGAAAAAUGACAUGGCAUCUGUUGACAGGUCAAGAACACCAUGGCUCAUUUUUGCUGGGCAUAGACCCAUGUACACUUCCAUACAAGGUUCAUUGGUCAUUCCUCCUAGUGUUGACCCGAGCUUUGUUGCAGCUGUUGAGCCACUUCUCCUACAAAAUAAGGUGGAUUUGGUGUUGUUUGGACAUGUUCAUAACUACGAAAGAACGUGUUCUAUUUUUAACAACAUGUGCAAAGGAAUGCCAUUCAAAGACAUAAAUGGGAUUGAUACUUACGAUCAUAAUAAUUAUACUGCUCCACUUCAUGCAGUCAUUGGCAUGGCAGGAUUUACCCUCGACCAAUUCUCCGAGAAAAUAGAAAGUUGGAGCUUGUCUAGGGUUUCCAAGUUUGGUUAUCUAAGAGGACACGCCACAAAGGAGAAGUUAAGUUUUGAAAUGGUGAAUGCUAUGACAAGAGAAGUAGAGGACAGUUUCAACAUAAUAAAAGCUCAAAUUCCUUAG